GAAAUUCCCCAAGGGAACCCCAGCGCUAAUCCCAGGAUUCGGCGGGAAAGCGGAUCCCGAAUCUAGGCCUAGGCUUUGCCUGGAUUCUUCCAGGCUUCAGAGAAUUGCGAAGCCUACCCUACAUCGGAGUGGCUGCGCCUAACCACAGGAAUUAAGGACUGGACUAACCUGAAUUACCGAGUUGUCUAGUCGGGGAACCCCUUGUAUGGUCUUAAGUCCUAUCGCCAGAGGUUUUCUAUGUGUCCGCGUUUGUGCCCCGGCGCGUGAAUAGCGGGCAUUUUUGUUUAAGGAUUGUUAAAAUGAGUCUUCGGAAGCAAACCCCUAGUGACUUCUUAAAGCAAAUCAUUGGACGACCGGUUGUGGUAAAAUUAAAUUCUGGAGUGGAUUAUCGAGGGGUCCUGGCUUGCCUGGAUGGCUACAUGAAUAUAGCCCUGGAGCAGACAGAGGAAUAUGUAAAUGGACAACUGAAGAAUAAGUAUGGGGACGCAUUUAUCCGAGGAAACAAUGUGUUGUACAUCAGUACACAGAAGAGAAGGAUGUGAAGACACCAAGAGAGCAACACUUUUCAUAGUUGGAUAUAUUUUUUUAUGAAUUUUUUUUUCUAAUUUUUGCUUCUUUUGCGAUGUAAUUUGUCCUGUUUUUAUAAUAAUUGGUGAUUUUUCACUGACAUGUGAGUAAGAUAAAUGUUUACAAUUGUGGAUUGAAUUGUGAAAUGUUCUUUCACGUUUUAAGUUUCAGUCAUUUUCUUUUACCUCUUGUCAGUGUACAGAAUGCUAAAAGAAUAAAAAAAAAACAAAAUAUAUCUCUUCUACAAGAUUAUGUAA